AACAACCACGCAAAUCGCCAAAAUGAAUGUGGAACGGGAGUACGCCGUUGUGGGUAGUUGGGAGGACACAAAUGUGACAUUGGCUGUGUUAGAAGCCUAUAUACCGCGGUUUUUUACCGACGCCACAAAAGUCUACUACAGUAACACUAAAAAUUUUACGAUAAACAAUGUUUCGCAUGACACUCAUCUGGAUAAGGAUGUGGAGGAGUAUCUGAAGAGCAGUUUCGCCUUCGAGAUAGAGCUAUAUAUGUUUAUCAAGCAGCGACUCUACAAACAGUAUAUAGCAGUGCAUAAGAACGAAUUUUAGUCGAAUUAGUACUAAGUACCUUGAGGUUUACAAACAUGAAAUGAAUACUGGGUUUUGCCAAAUGAUCUAUACACCUAAGUUGCAA